GGGAGCAUGUGGAGGUGGAACCAGACCUCUCUGGAAGACUUCAUCCUCCAAGGGCUCUUUGAUGACUCCUUCAACCACUUUUGUCUUUUCCUCCUGAUCAUGCUGGUCUUCCUUACCGCAGUGAGUGGCAACAGCCUCACCAUCCUCCUCAUCUGCGCCGAUCCCCGUCUUCACACACCGAUGUACUUCCUGCUCAGCCAGCUGUCCCUCAUGGAUCUGAUGCACGUCUCCACAACCAUUCCCAAGAUGGCUAGCAACUACCUGUCUGGCAAGAAGUCCAUCUCGUUUGUGGGCUGUGCCACCCAGCACUUCCUGUACCUGUCUCUGGGUGGUGCAGAGUGUCUCCUCCUGGCCCUCAUGUCCUAUGACCGCUAUGUUGCCAUCUGCCACCCCUUGAGGUACACUGUGCUCAUGAGCAGAAGAGUGGGAGUGAUGAUGGCUGUCAUGUCAUGGUUGAGUGCAUCUGUGAACUCCCUAAUCCACACAUCCAUCUUGAUGAGCUUCCCUUUUUGUGGUUCGAGAAUCAUCCACCACUUCUACUGUGAGUAUCCUGCUGUUGUGAAGUUAGUGUGUGGUGAUGUCACUCUUUAUGAGACCACAGUCUAUAUCUGCAGUGUUACACUUCUCCUCCUCCCCAUCAUUCUUGUCUCUACAUCCUAUGGAUUCAUUCUCCACAGUGUCAUUCAGAUGCGUUCAGCUGGGAGUAAGAGAAAUGCCUUUGCCACAUGCAGCUCACAUCUCCUUGUGGUUUCCCUUUGGUAUGGUGCCUCCAUGUUCUCCUAUAUGAGGCCCAGGUCCCAGCGCACUCCAUUGCAAGACAAAGUUGGUUCUGUUUUCUAUAGCAUCAUUACUCCCACCCUGAAUCCUCUUAUUUAUACUCUCAGGAAUAAGGAUGUUGCUAAGGCUCUGAAGAGAGUGUUGAGGAGGGAUACUGUUGUCUAGGGAUUGCAAUUAUAGUUGCCCUGGAUACAG